AUGACCGGAGAGUACUUUGCCGGAGGGGCUUGCCCUCCUGUCAGGAAAGACUGUGUCUUCACCAUUGACCCAUCAACUGCCCGUGACCUUGAUGACGCCCUCUCCUGCAAGCCACUCGCUGAUGGCAACUUUGAAGUGGGAGUUCACAUUGCCGACGUCAGUUACUUUAUUCCCGAGGGGUCUGAUUUGGAUGAAGUGGCUGCUGAGAGAGCUACAAGCGUCUACCUGGUGCAGAAGGUAGUCCCCAUGCUUCCCAGGCUGCUGUGUGAGGAGCUGUGCAGUCUCAAUCCCAUGACAGACAAACUGACUUUCUCUGUGAUCUGGACGCUGACUCCAGAGGGCAAGAUCCUUAGUGAAUGGUUUGGCCAGACCGUCAUCCGCUCCUGCACCAAACUGAGCUAUGAGCAUGCACAGAGCAUGAUCGAAAGCCCAGCCAAGAAAGUCCCUGAGCAGGAGCUGCCGCCGAUCUGCCCGGAGCACAGCGGGGAGGAGAUCCAGCAGGCUGUCCUGAGUCUCCACGGAAUCGCGCAGGCAUUACGCAGGCAGCGCUUUGUGGACGGCGCACUGCGCUUGGAUCAGCUAAAGCUUGCUUUCACUCUGGACCAUGAGACUGGAUUGCCUCAAGGAUGUCACAUCUACGAGUACCGUGACAGCAACAAGCUAGUGGAGGAGUUCAUGCUCUUGGCCAACAUGGCAGUGGCCCACAAGAUCCACCGUGCCUUCCCCGCGCGAGCCCUGCUGCGCCGGCACCCCCCACCCCAGACCAAGAUGCUAAGCGACCUGGUGGAAUUCUGUGACCAGAUGGGGCUGCCCAUGGACUUCAGCUCUGCUGGGGCCCUCAAUAAAAGUCUGACCAAAACAUUUGGAGAUGACAAGUACUCACUGGCCCGGAAGGAGGUACUCACCAACAUGUGCUCCCGGCCCAUGCAGAUGGCGUUGUACUUCUGCUCGGGGGUGCUGCAGGACCAGGCGCAGUUCCGGCACUAUGCCCUCAACGUGCCACUCUACACACACUUCACCUCACCCAUCCGCCGCUUUGCCGACGUCAUAGUGCACCGGCUUCUGGGCGCUGCGCUUGGCUACAGGGAGCUGCCAGACCUGGAGCCCGAUGCCCUGCAAAAGCUGGCUGAACACUGCAACGACCGCCGCAUGGCAUCCAAACGCGUGCAGGAGCUCAGUACAGGCCUCUUCUUUGCCGUCCUGGUCAAGGAGAGUGGCCCCCUGGAGUCAGAAGCCAUGGUGCUGGGUGUCCUGAACCAAGCCUUCGAUGUUCUGGUGCUACGCUAUGGGGUGCAGAAGCGCAUCUACUGUAACGCACUGCCCCUGCGGUCCCACCACUUCCAGAAGGUGGGCAAGAAGCCGGAGCUCACGCUCGUCUGGGAACCUGAAGACCUGGAGCAGGAGCCGGUGCGGCAGGUGGUCAGCAUCUUCAGCCUGGUGGAGGUGGUGCUGCAGGCGGAGGCCACGGCCCUCAAGUACAGUGCCAUCUUGAAGCGGCCAGGCACUGAGGGUCUCCUGGGCCCACAGUACGAGGAGUGUGACAACGACAGCGAGCAAGAGGACUGACCUCCAUCCCGCCGCCCAUGCCCCUGCCCCACCUGCCGGCUUUUAGGAAUGGGACCUUUGACACCAAAGGGGAUUUUUAAUUUGUUUUUUAACAACUCAGGGUUUUGUUUUUAUUUUUUUCAUUCUAUUUUAUUUUUGCAAUUCAGUUUUUAAGUGAACUGGAGGGGAGAGGGUGGGGCUGAUGCCCGGCCAGUGCUUAUCCGAGCAGAGCAGGACCCGGUCCUCCUGGCCGGCCGGCCGCCCUCUGCCAGACCGUCCACUGCUUUCCCUGCCCAUUUAAAGCCCAGGAAACCGGGGGUUUUCAGCAAAUCAGUGUCAUGGAAUAAAAUCGAGUGUGAAGUGCCA